GGGUGGCGGCAGCGACCCUCUGGCCCCGGCACUGCGCAGCGCGGCACCGGGCGGCCACCGCCACAGCCCGGCGGGAGAGCGGGCGCCGCCGGGGCGAUGAGGACCGGCUCGCGGGUGCUGCUGGUGCUGCUCCUUCCAGUCUGGGGCUCGGCGGCGGCGCACAAUGGGGAUCUUACAGUUAGACCCACAUGCAAGGCUGGCUUUUCAGAAGAAGACUACACAGCAUUUGUCUCCCAGAACAUCCUGGAAGGGCAGAAGUUACUCAAAGUAAAAUUUAAUAACUGUGCCGGUAACAAGGGAGUUCGCUACGAGACCAACAGCCUGGACUUCAAGGUGAGGGCCGAUGGGACCAUGUACGCUGCCCACCACGUGCAGAUGCCCUCAAAGCAGCUGAUCCUGGUGGUGACUGCGUGGGAUCCCCAGACCCUGGGCAGAUGGGAGACGAUUGUCAGGUUUCUGGUGACGGAGAAGUCGCAACACGGUGGGCACAAGCCAAAAGGAAGGAAGCUGGUGCCUGGAGAACUGGGGCAGCAGCAGAGUGACACUUUGCUCCCGUGGCGCCAACACCAGAGUGCCAAUGGCCUGCGGCGGCAAAAGCGAGACUGGGUCAUCCCACCCAUCAACGUGCCAGAGAACUCCAGAGGGCCCUUUCCACAGCAGCUGGUUCGGAUUCGUUCUGAUAAGGACAAAGAGAUCCAUAUCAGAUACAGCAUCACUGGAGUGGGAGCCGACCAACCACCGAUGGAAGUCUUCAGCAUUGACCCCGUAUCUGGCAGGAUGUAUGUGACUCGCCCGAUGGACAGAGAAGAGAGAGCUUCCUACCAUCUCCGGGCUCAUGCAGUGGAUAUGAAUGGAAACAAGGUGGAGAAUCCUAUUGACCUUUACAUCUAUGUGAUUGAUAUGAAUGACAACAGACCAGAGUUUAUAAACCAAGUCUACAAUGGAUCCGUUGAUGAAGGCUCUAAACCAGGUACCUAUGUGAUGACAGUGACAGCAAAUGAUGCAGAUGACAGUACUACAGCCAACGGGAUGGUGAGGUACAGAAUCGUGACUCAGACCCCGCAGAGCCCAUCGCAGAACAUGUUCACUAUUAACAGCGAGACAGGAGACAUCGUCACUGUGGCUGCUGGACUCGACAGAGAGAAAGUUCAGCAGUAUGUAGUUAUUGUUCAAGCCACAGAUAUGGAAGGAAAUCUCAACUAUGGUCUCUCAAACACGGCAACAGCGAUCAUUACGGUGACAGAUGUGAAUGACAACCCACCUGAGUUCACUACCAGCACUUAUUCAGGAGAGGUUCCUGAGAAUAGAGUGGAGGUUGUGGUGGCCAAUCUGACAGUGAUGGACCGGGACCAGCCUCACUCUCCCAACUGGAAUGCCAUCUACCGCAUCAUCAGCGGAGACCCCUCUGGCCACUUCACCGUCCGGACAGACCCUGUCACCAACGAGGGCAUGGUAACUGUUGUGAAGGCAGUCGAUUAUGAGAUGAACAGAGCUUUCAUGCUGACAGUGAUGGUAUCAAACCAAGCUCCCCUGGCCAGUGGCAUCCAGAUGUCCUUCCAAUCAACAGCAGGAGUCACCAUUUCAGUCACAGAUGUCAACGAAGCGCCGUAUUUCCCGACGAACCACAAGCUAAUCAGGCUGGAGGAGGGGGUGCCGACGGGGACAGUCCUGACAACGUUUUCAGCGGUGGAUCCUGAUCGCUUCAUGCAGCAGGCAGUAAGGUACUCUAAGCUGUCAGAUCCUGCAAACUGGCUGAACAUUAAUGCCACAAAUGGUCAGAUCACUACGGCUGCUGUCCUUGAUCGAGAGUCAGACUACAUUAAGAAUAAUGUCUACGAGGCCACAUUCUUGGCGGCUGACAACGGUAUCCCCCCCGCCAGCGGCACUGGCACUCUGCAGAUCUACCUAAUCGACAUCAACGAUAACGCUCCUGAGCUGCUGCCAAAGGAGGCGCAGAUCUGUGAGAAGCCAAACCUGAAUGUCAUCAACAUAACAGCCGCCGAUGCUGACAUCGAUCCAAACGUGGGGCCUUUUGUCUUCGAGCUGCCAAGUGUGCCAUCUGCGGUGAGGAAGAACUGGACCAUAACGCGGCUCAACGGUGAUUACGCCCAGCUUAGCUUACGAAUCAUGUACCUGGAAGCAGGUGUGUACGAUGUGCCAAUCAUCGUGACGGACUCAGGAAACCCCCCCUUGUACAACACAUCCAUCAUCAAAGUGAAGGUGUGCCCCUGCGACGAGAACGGCGACUGCACCACCAUCGGGGCAGUGGCUGCGGCAGGGCUGGGCACAGGUGCUAUCAUCGCCAUCCUGAUCUGCAUCAUCAUCUUGCUAACCAUGGUUCUGCUGUUCGUGGUGUGGAUGAAACGCCGGGAGAAGGAGCGCCACACCAAGCAGCUCCUCAUCGACCCUGAGGAUGAUGUCAGGGACAAUAUUCUAAAGUAUGACGAAGAGGGCGGUGGAGAGGAAGACCAGGAUUAUGAUUUAAGCCAGCUCCAGCAGCCAGAGACCAUGGAUCACGUGCUGAACAAGACACCUGGAGUCAGAAGGGUGGAUGAAAGACCUAUUGGUGCUGAACCACAGUAUCCUAUAAGACCAGUAAUCCCACAUCCAGGGGACAUUGGUGACUUUAUUAAUGAGGGCCUGCGUGCAGCAGACAAUGACCCCACAGCCCCCCCCUACGACUCCUUGUUGGUCUUCGACUACGAGGGCAGCGGCUCAACCGCCGGCUCCGUCAGCUCCCUCAACUCCUCCAGCUCCGGAGACCAGGACUACGACUACCUGAACGAUUGGGGGCCCAGGUUCAAGAAACUGGCAGACAUGUACGGGGGAGGCGAGGAAGAUUAAACUGACCUCACCUUAUUUAAAAACUAAAAAUUCAAAAAAAAAAAAAAAAAGAAAGGAAAAAAAAUAAAGGAAAACAAAACAAAACAAACAACAAAAAGAAGAAAAAAGGAAAAUAAACAAUUUAGAAAACAACAACAAACCCACAGACAACGACGACGACGAUGACACCAACGCGAGCCGAUGCAGAAGCAAGAACUGUACAGAUGUGGCAGCUUUUUUAAUUAAUAUCCCCUGCUGACUGUAUUGUUAUUUUUAGUGGUGAUCUAGGAUGUUUCCUUUUUAGUUUUUCCCUUCCUUUUUUCCUUGUUUGUUCUUGGUUUGGUUUUGGUUUUUAUAUGUACUUUCCAGUUCUGGUUUGGUUUGGUUUGAGAAUAUUGAGCUGUCUCGCAUGAACACUUGUCUCUGCUGCAGUUUUUUGGGGGGUUGUUUUAUUUUCUCUUGGUUUGGGUUUGGUUGUUUUUUUUAAUGUCAGCUGGGAUAUUGCUCGUUUAUCUGCUUUAUGACUAAAGAGAGUGAAAGGCACUCUGUCUUAACUUGAAUUUCUUAGAACAGAAGCACUGUUUUUAAAAUAUAUAUAUAUAUAUAUUUGAAAGUGCCUUUUGGUGCAUGUAUCAGAUUCCCUUCAAUCUCAGGAGUGAUGAAAACAAACAUACAACCAUCCUGGGCAGCACUCCCUGUGACCCUAAGCCAGUUCUAGCUGGGAAGGAGUUAACAAAAAGGAACUGUGGAGAUUGUUUCUUUUUUGCCUUUUUUUUUUCCCUCCCUCCCUUCCUUUUCUUUCUUUCUUUCUUUCUUUCUUUCUUUCUUUCUUUCUUUCUUUCUUUCUUUCUUUCUUUCUUUCUUUCUUUCUUUCUUUCCUUUCUUAACCUUUUCUUUUCUUUUUUUUCCCUUUUUUUUUCUUUUCUUUCUCUUCAGGAGUUGACUCAUUCUGGGGUGGAAAAGGAUGGGAGUUCAGGGGUGGGGGGAACAUGUUUUGAGUCAAAAAUCUUAACAGCCAUCUUUAAGCCUCAGCAGGUGGUGAACUAGUCAUCAUGUUGUAUAUAAUUCAGUGUCAUCAGAUGCAAAAUACAGACUGGGGGCUCUGCUGUCACCUGGUCACACUCAAUGUAGCUGCAUAGAACUAUAGCAUCGAUAAAGCCUUUGGUUAUUGCAAACAGAAAUCUCCGACAGCCCUUGCCUAAACCCUACAAAGUAAAUUGUGACAUGACCAAAGGCCCAUUUGUUUGUUUUUAUGCUCUCGGCGUGUUCUGGCUCCCACGACCUCUUGAGUGAUGUAAAUACCAGCUGGGUUAGGAGAUGGUGCCCUGCACCUCCAGGGAUGCCCACUGAGCGCGAAAGCUGAUGGUGACGUUUUCCUCACGUGAGGAAGGGGUUGUGUAGCAGCUCCGCUGGAGGCCAGGGCAGUGCUAAGGGCAGGAAGAGUUUAUCAGCACUUUUGCCAUCCGUAAGUAUGAAGUUAGUCUAGUACAAAAUUAAUGCCUUGGAGCAUUAGUAGCCAAAGCUCAACAACAUCGUGUAACUCAGCUAAUGUGUGUCCUUUCUCUUCGGUGGGUAGGCGCUGCUAUCUGUAGUCAAUGUUUCUUUUGGAGAAGAAGUGCAACGAGGGGCUAGUAUCUUGUGGUUAAUAUGCUCAAGCAUUGCCAAGUAAGCAAGAGGUUUUGCAGCAUCCAGGCGUAAUUCAACAUCGGUAUUAUAAGUGGUAGCAUACUACCUAGUUUAUAUGUAGGGUCAGUUUAACCAAUAACAGAUAGUUAUUAGCUUUUUUUAUUACAUCUUUCCUUUACUGAUUUGGACUAGUGGGUUUAUGUCUAAUGUUUGUAAAAUGAUUUAGACUGCAUGGAUGUGUAAUAUAAAUCACAUUUAAUGGAUUAUGAGCCACUUAAUUAAUGUGCUAUGAAAUCUUGGAUUACCUGUGUUUUAUAUUCUGCAGACGAUUUUUGCAGUGGGUUCGCUAAAACUUGUCAAAGUGCUUAGAUAUAUUUUCGUUUAAAUCCAAGAAUGUGCACAGUAUUGGAAGGUGAUUAUCCAGGGGAUAAUCAUGCUCUUUUUUCUCUUUGUUUGUUUGGGGUUUUUUUUUUGAUAUCUCUAUUCUCGAGUUGAAUGCUAAGAGUUAAAAGGACGGGGAGGGGGGCGGGGAGGGCAGGGGGGGUGGGGAGCGAGAGGGUGCACCCGAGAAUGCGAGGAGGAGAGCUUGCGGUGAUGAGUGGAGGUCGUUUCAGAGGGUAAAUUAGGCUGCAAGAUCGUCUCUAGAGGAUUUUUGAAAUGCUCCUAGUGCAUUUUAUAUUUCACUGUAUGAUAUUUUCUAUAAAAUGCAAUUUCUGUAAAUUAACGAGCAUUUGAAAUGUGUCUUGUAUGAAGUGGAAUGUGGUAAAAGUCUACCCGAGGGGACUUCAACGUUACCGGUCCUUUAUUGACUCCCAAGGAUGUGAUCUUCCUUCUUUUGUCUUGGUUGGUCAGUCAGGUGAUGGGUCAGUUUGUCCUUUCAUGGCUAAGAAGGCAAACACACUCUCAUCCAUCCGAGUUUCUUGAGGAAACCAGCAGGAGAUGGCUCAGCCCUCAGGAGGGGGAUGGCUCCGAUGGCAGCAGCAAGGUGAGGAUGCUGCUUCAUGGUGCAGUGGGUGGCAGACUGCUGGUACCUGACCCCUUUCCAAAUUCCUGUUUCGUAGCUGGAAACUCAGUCAUCUGAUGUGACCUCUGUGAACAUCUUUUAGUUUGCUUCUGCCAUGGGCUGCCCACCUCCUCCUGGCCACCCCUGGCAAACCUUGCAGACCCUGUCUCCCAGCUGACUGGCAUGGGUGGGCCGCACUGACCUGUAGCCUCUGCCGCUUGUCCAUGGCCAGGCUUGAUUCUUCCCCUUUCCUUUUGGAAAAGCCAUGGGCUGGAGCAUUUCACCAUCUGGGCUUUGCCCCUCUGCAGAAGCUGCUCCAUCACAGCAGUAGUAAAUAAUAAAAAUGCACUUAGUGUUCCUGGCUGAUGAGUACCCGUCCAUGGUCUGUCUUCGUCACCAUAACCUCAGCACCAGCUCAGAAGGACAUGGCUUGAGAGCUGGGGCAAUGCUGAUGGUUCUCCAUCUGUUGGGUUGCUGCUGCUGCCUGCCAGCUCCACACAGCACCUGGGAUGCUCGUGUGGAUCCUGUGGGUCUCCACUGUAAUCUACCUGGCACCACUCAGCUGAGAGCAGCAGCUAAAUCCUUGCCCCAGAGCACUUGGUGCCUCAUGUCUGUUGCAGCUUUGGGUGAUGGAUUUCAGGUAGGGAAGAGGCUGGCAGCAGUGUGGGAUGGCUGCUGCAGGGCUAUGACCUGAGGCUGUAGGACCUGGUCAGCAGCAUGCAUCACACUGCUGUCACCUGAGGGGACAGAACGUUUGGUGAAAGAUGCCACUCGGCUGUGAAGGUGAUGCUGUCAGACUUCCACUUGUCUAAACAUUUCAGGUUUUUAAGACCAUUUAUGCAAUGUAAGUCAAACAAAACUGUUUGAGUGAUUAAAAAUAAACCAACCUGUUUCCAUUGGCAGCUUUUUUUUUCAUCAGCAGAUCUAUUUUCUGCAGCAUUUGCAAUCCAGCCAUUGCAACCCCACAAACAUACCAGUCAAACCAACUAGCUUAUUGUCUUUUGACCCAGUUCUGCUCAGCCCCUGCCUCUGCAGAACCUCCUUCUCUUCUUCCUCCUCUUCCUUCCUUCUUCCUCCUCCCUGCAUCCUCCACCACUGAGCUUUACUACACCACAAGUAAGAGCAGCAUCAGGCCUGUUUCCUCGCAGUGGGGCCAGCAGAAGGUAAGAGAGGAGUACAUCAAGCAAUGGAAACAGGUUUUUGCAAACCUUUUUGCUUGUUAAAAUUAGACACAGUUUGUAACCCAGCUAAGAAAUCUUGUAUCAGCCCAAGGGGUCUCACUGAAAAGGUGACUGUGCCGUCUCUGUGCUCUGAUCCUCGUGGAUGUGACAUGGUGUUGCCAUUUGCAGCUGGAGGUGGCAAUUUGAAAGGAGCUGGGGCAGGGAAGCAGUGACUUUAGCAGCAUGUGCAGUUACUCUUUCUUCUUGGAACCUUUUUCUCUGACUAAUCUAAACUAAAUCAUUAAACUAAUUAAAGAAGUGGUGCCCACACAUUCACGUCCCCUGUGCCACAAGGCAGUGGGCAAGGACUUGCUUUCAGGCAGAUGAAGAGAAGCCCAUCUCUGAAAGACCAGUGUCACACCCCAUAAUCUGUAGUGCUACCCGGGGACACCAUCACAGCUCUCCAUGCUAUCAAAAGGACAGGGACAGUGAGCUCCCCAGACACCAGACUCCUCCUCUAGCUUCUCUACCUCCUAGACAGGAAGAUUGCACAUCCCUGAACCAGGGACUGUGCAGGGCUGGAGUCACUGCUGUGCCCAUAGCCACCCCGGGCAGACCAUGGCCUCAGUGCAGCCCCAUCACUCUCUGUAUUAUGUAGCCUGUAAAUAGGAGCAUCAGUCAGGGAAAGGCUUUGCAAGGCACCGAGCAGAUCCAGCAGGUAACUGAUGGCAGUAAAUAGGCAAGGCUGUUGUAGAUGUCCUGUGUGCUAGUUGUAGUUUGGCUUCUGGUUUUGCUUUUUCUUUUCCAUUACAUUGGGUUGUUUUCUUGUUUCUGUUGGACCAGGCAAUGUUGUCAGUGAUUGUAAGGCAGUGGGGGAGGAGGAAGGGAUUGCUUCCCUGUGGCCAAGCCACUUAGGGCCUCUUUCAGGGUUUUUUAGGGGUAUUGGGUCCAAAGAGAGCCUCCAGCAGCAAGUGGGCCUUAGGAGAUGACUUUGUCACCUGCAGCUGCUUCGUGGAGGGUAGCUGUGGGGCUUUGGAGAACGGUGAUGGUCAGUGCAGGGUCUGUACAACACAAGAUGCCAAGAUUGCAACUUUGUUUAGUCUUAAGAAAAAAAAAAAACCCAACCCACCAAACCCAUCCUUAAGGCAAAACAUGGGACUUUUCUUUGUGAUGUCUUUUAGGAGCAAUUCAUUGUAAAUGUGGGGGGAAAAAACCAUGUUGGGGAGGGAGGGAAUGCGGUACAACGAGGAAUGCAUAUGUUUAAAACAGCAGCUAACCAACGCGUGUCCCACACCAAGCUGACUCAGUUCCAUGGGGAAAAGUUCUAUUCCAGUCCACACCGAGCCCAUAUCCAAUUGCUCACACAACGUGUACAUAAUGUAGUUAGCUUGUGCUUGCCGCUACAGCUCAGAUAGGGGAAUUAAACCCAACAACAACAUGUAGGUGUAUAAUUGGAGCACUUUAGUCCUUUUUUUCCCUUCUCUUUUCAUUUGGACUCUGAUUUCUUUUUUUUUUUUUUGCAUGUUGUUUCCUUUUACGAUGGAUGAGCUGUGUGUAGCAGCCUGCAUGACCGUGGUCGUUCUCAAAGGAAGACUUCUGCUGUUCUGCUGUGUUCACGCUGAAGCGCAAAAAAAAAAAGGCAGUUUGCGUCCGUUAAUAAAAGCCCCAAGUUCAGAAACCUUUUUUUGUACCCGUCAACAGCACAAAUAUUUUGUAUUGUUGUUUGUACCAUUUUUGUACCAAAAAGAAAAGAGGGGAAAAAAAUGGGAAAAAAAAAGAAAAAAAAAAAAGGAAGAAAAAAAAAAACAAAAAGGAAGGGAGUAAAUGUUUUCAAUGUGUUUUUAGUGCCACUGCAAUCUUGGUUUCCAAACUGAGUGACAGCUUUGCUGAUUUAUUGUGUAUCAAAGCUGAACUGGCGCACUGACGCCUGGCUCCAGUGUAAUAAAAAAAUAAAGUCCCCCUUUUGAAUAGUC